AAUAAUAUAAAAAAAAUUCUCUCUGGUAACAUUACUUUAAACGCCAACAAAGAUACGUUAAAAUUAAAAUUGUACAAACACAAUUAAAUUGUGGCUUUUCAAGUAGCAGUUCAAAAAAUCAGCUUGGAUAUAUUACAUGGUUAACUAUUUGAGUGACUAUUGAGACGGUAAAGUUACAUUAAGAAGCAAGUUAGCGAUAAUAAAAACACCUUGAUUUUUAACAUUCUGUCUGCCACUAUAAACUCUUACAAGAAUGACUGAAUCAGAGGCCCCUUCUAGUGUGCUUCCGCCACAUCCCCGCAACUACCCACUGAACGCUCUAAUUAGCCACGCCUUCGGCCACGUGAGCUCUCCCACCCAGUACAGUGACGACAAGAGGAUCAAUCUAGAACUGGAACAGCUCAAGAAAGCCUCAAAAGAGUCGGAAAAGCAGGUGAAAUUGACCCCGCCUCCUAGUAUCCUGAUGAAGAAAGAUCACGUGCCUGCUUCUGGUUUGGACGGAGGGAGAGAGUACCAACUGCACUUCUACGACAGCAGACCACUCACUGCAUUCAACUACACUUCUAGCCACACUGUCCCUCAGAAAAAGAACGACAAAUUCCCGCCCAAAUUCCAGACAAACGACGCCUCCCAUCAAUUAGACCCUCAAAACUCAAAGCAGCUCGAGGAUUUAGCUCGCAACAUGUUUGAAGAUCUCGAAAACAAACUGAAUUCGACUCAGAAACAGAUCCAGCAGAAGAUCUCUUCUUAUGAAAACGACCUUGAAAGUAUACAGAAGCAGAUCGAGCACUUAGCCUACGAUUCGGGACUGGUGGAUCUUAGCACCCCUGAAAGCUCGCCUUGAUGCUGUUUGAGAUAUCAAGAUUAUGUUGUUCAGAAAGAUUAUGUUGUUCAGUUAAUUCAGAAACAUAUUAGCUUAAACAAGAUACUUAAACAUAAAAAUAUUGUAAAUAUUAUAACUUUGAAUUAAAAUGUUUGCUUAA